UCUCAUAACUAUAAACCAAUGCUAAAGCCAUAGCCAUCCCCAUAAUUGAAUUUCUUAUUAUAAACCUCUUGCAAGAAUCCAUCAUCAUCUUUUCUCAUUCCAACUUCGUUCAAGAGAUUAAGAAUAUUUUCAACAUGCCCGUUAGAGGCUCAUCAUGGAUAACUCUGAAAUUCAGAGGUGUUCUUGAUGUAGUUCGAGCCACCAAGUUCCAAUCAGGCUAUGUUGGAUUACAGAGAAACAGAACAAUUGUGUCAGCUGCUAAACCAGAAACAGUUCAUUGGAUGCAUCCUAAUAUGCAAUUCUACAGCACCAAUAGCAACAACACAAGUACCAAUUCAAAAGGUAUAAAAGAUGAGAAGGUUGAAUCUGAACCUGCUGCACCUGCACAUUCUUUUAAAAGUUUUGCCUUCUCUUAUUGGUUAAGAUGGGUUUUGGGAACGACACUUUCUAUCUUACUACCCUUCUGGAAACCUUACUGGGAGAAACUGCAGAGAAUAGAAGGAGAGGCAGAGUUUGUGAUUGAAGAGGCUGAAGCGGUGGCAAAAGUGGUAGAAAAAGUGGCAAACGUAGCAGAAAAAGUAUCUGAAGAUAUAUCAGAGAUGCUUCCCGAAGAUGGUAAACUAAGGAAAGUAACUUUGGUGGUAGAACAUGCAUCAAAAGAAGCAGCACAUGAUGCUCAGCUUACUCAACAAUUCAUACAUAAGGUUGAAGAACUGAAGAAUGACCUGGAUGGUAUAGAAGCCUUUGUUGAACCAGUAAUUGACAAGAUUGUAAAGAUAUAAUUAACCCUUUCCUUGUAGUUAUUGUUUUGUACAUUGGUGUAUUUUGAAGUUUGAAAUUGUAGAUUUAGAAUUGAAUAACUUUGGUGAGAAGGUGUUAUUUUAAUGGAAAGUGAGUGCUGGUUGGGUUGGUUUUAUGUUGUUUGGUUGAAGUUGGUAAGAAAAUGAUUGUGAUGGACACCACACAUACAUUAGAGUGUAUAUAAGUGCUUUUUUCACGUUUCAGCCGCGUAGGAAAAGCUACAAUGUCAGUGCCACCCUCAUCACCCAA